CGAUAUCUUGUGUGGAUAGUAAGGAAGGUGGUAAUGCUAAUGCUGGUUAGCUGUAUUUACAGAUUUUUCCGUCUUCUAAUAAAUGGACCAUAAAAAUCAUCGGCUCUUAUCAAGGGUUCUUCACACAUGAUGUGCCUCCACAGCUUGGAAGCGUUUACCUGUGUCAUCCACAACUCUAACCUUCUGCUGGAUAUUAAGAUGUAGCCUACGACCCAUUGAAGGGUGGACAGACUCUAGAGCACGUUGACUAUUGUUGGAUCCUCAUCCAUUCUUGAGUAUGCUGUUCUCCCUGCGUGAGCUGGUCCAGUGGUUGGGCUUCGCCACCUUUGAACUCUUCCUUCACCUCUUGGCCCUUCUGAUCUUCAGUAUGCUGGCAGCGAUCCAUGUCGAUGUUGUCAUCCCCACAUUGACCUGGUGGCACGUGUUCAUCCCACUCUUUGCCGCAGAUGGCCUCAGCACAUAUUUCACCGCCAUUGUUUCCAUCCGCCUGUAUCAGGAGAACGAGAAGAGGUUGGCAGUGCUACGACUCCUGUGGGUUCUGACGGUUCUGAGUCUGAAGCUGGUUUGUGAGGUGUUGCUUUGCCAAAAGCUGGCUGAACAGGAACAGGCCCGGGACCUCUGGUUUGGCCUCAUCGUCUCGCCGCUUUUCAUAUUGUUGCAGUUGCUGAUGAUCCGGGCGUGUCGGGUUAACUGAGGUGACGUCUGCUGUCGAAUAUCUGGGUUUUCAAUUCACCUUGGCUGUUUCGGUCUCACUGUUGCUGCUGGUCACCUGAAGAUGGGCUUAUUCAGCAAAUGGAGUCAUUGCUGGAUCCACUACACUGUAUCACCAUAUAACCAACGGAAGCAUGAUGAAGCAGCUGCUUUUGAUGAUUGAUGCAUAUAGAUUAGAUAGAAUUUACACUGUUGAGUGAUUUGAUGUCUUUACUUUAGAUUCACAUUUCUUUGCAAAUUCUGAACCAUAACCGGUAUAGACAGGAAUUACAAGUAAAGUAAAUCAGAACUUCACAGUGUAUACUGUCAGACAAGCCAUUAACAAGCCACAGGUGGUGUUCACACAUUGCAUUUACUACUGUACGUUGGAUUUGUUCCCAAGAUCAGUUACCCUGUCUGUAAUUUUGAACUCCUGUCCUACAAUGUAUUUUUGACUCUCCUACAAGGGCAAGCUGUUCAUAAAUACUGGUACCACAAAGCAGGAUGGUGGGAGUAUAAAUAUGUCGGUGUCAUUGGUCUUAUUAAUCCCCAACUGUAGCUUGAAUUCACAUCCUCAUCAUACAAAAACUAAAAAUUCAAACAAGCUGCUUCUUUUGCAUAUUAAGUUGAGAUUUGGUAUCAAAAUCUCUAUCACUCCUGCUUGCACUACUGUGUUGCUGCUUUUUUUUUUGCUUCAUAAUUUUUGUCUGAAGAUCAUCAGCUCCAUUCCUCAGAUUGUUUGGUUAUUUAUGAAUGGGUUUUCACAGCUCUUGGGCAAAGAACCGAUAAUAAUGCAUGCUUUAUUUCCAAUGUCCAUUAAAGUGCAUUACAUUUGCAGCCGCUUUCUUUGUUCUGUGACAAUAUUAGUGCUUUGAAACAAAAGGGCAAUCGGAAGGUUUCUUCAAUUUUUCAGAUCCUUUUUGGUAUCGAUGUGUGGUGAAAUAAAAAAAAAAAAAAUCACCUGUAUAUUACUUCACCUUCUGUUUUGUCUCCUGUGUGUUUCCCUGAUAAUUGUUAAGACCACCACACACACUCACCCCUUCACUGAAAAUUAUUCAUUUCAACAAAUAUGCACUGCAUGUAUUUAAGGCCUGACAAAGGGAGGGGUCAUUAUGUAUUUUGUAUAUAUGUUGAUGUGUUCUUUUUCCGCCAGGUUCUUUAUACUUACCUGUGCAUACUGUAAACCAUUCCUUCCAUCAACGUAAUAAAUGUUGUGGACGGGGUUGCUGUGAGUUGUUUUAACCGGCAGGGGACAGUGUUUGCCUCAUGCGAUAUGAACUAACUUCUUCAAUAAGAAAUGAACAGAAAUGAAUAUCAUAAUAUAUUGUUAAAUAUGUGCUAUAAACAACAUGUUUAAUGCUAUUGAAAUGUGCGGAGUACUCAUGAGUGGGAAUCAAAUCUGGUGCAUGGUGCCAAAUGCUUACUGUAUGACUGAAUCAUGUUGAGGUUUGUAACAAAACAUUCAAUGGGAUGUCUGCUUUCCUAAUUCAUAUUCCCAGAAAAGCAAAAUUGCAACGUUCCACAAUGAAAAAUGCAUUUCUAAAAUAGUUUUCCUUGAAUUAUAAUGAGUAUGUGAACGGUGGGUGAUGAAUUGACAUGAAGUCUGUAUUCUGGAGUGAAUCUUUAUAUUGUUCUAGACCACUUGUGAAUAAACAGUGAAUCUCUGUU